UUUAUAAUAUUACGCAAUGAAGGAAUGAUGUGACUGCUAUAACUCAAUGAAGAAUCCUAUUGCGGCAAGCAAAUCCCACAUGGCGAGGUAGCCUCUCCCACAAACUUACUUUCCCGAGCCGUUGAGCAAACCAUUUGCCUUUCAGUCUUUCCUUCCAGAUCUUUCAGGGUGAAUCUCAUACCAUUUACCCAUGACUGUAAAGCACAUGGAACAAGACGACCAGAAAUCAGUGGUUCUAAUUACAGGAUGCUCGCAGGGAGGCAUCGGUCAUGCGUUAUCACGGGCCUUUGCAGCCAAAAACUGCCAGGUGGUGGCGACGAGUAGGUCGCUGAGCUCCAUGGCUGACCUGCAACAAGAUCCGAGGUUUUUCCUGCAAGAACUUGAUGUUUUAUCAGACCAGAGUGUGCAUAAGGUUCUGUCAAAUGUUGUCGAAAGGUUUGGUCGUAUUGAUGUGUUGGUUAAUAAUGCUGGGAUUCAUUGUGUUGGUCCACUUGCAGAGGUUCCUCUUUCUGCUGUUCAAAGCACUUUCGACACCAAUGUUUUCGGUAAUGCCCAUAUUUGAUUCUUCACUGUUUGCGAAAUUCC